GCUGACCUUUUUUCGGUACCCAAAACGACAUUUUUAACACUCCGAAAACAACAAGCAUUAAUUUUCUCAUAUUACGAAAGUUCGAGGUGACAAUUCUCUUAGAAAAUCAGAGGGGAUUAAAGGCCUUCCGAACAGAUAAUUUACCGAAAAAAUCUGUUGGGUACCCCCCCCUGUCUGCAAAGCAAGAACGUAAAAUGGCCAAGUUCUGCGUAGUCUGAGGAACGCGAACGACGACGGCUAAUUUUUCGUGUUUCCAUUUGGAAGUGAACGCUGCCACUGCGUAUUUAGCUAGAGGACGCUUUUAGAGCCAUUGGCGUACUGAACAGAUCUAGACAAUUGCGUCGUCCUCGGCGUCGCCGUCGUUGUUGCUUAAGCUCCUUAAUAUUUGAGUGAUGACGGGAAAGCGCGACUUGCGUCACUCUUCCUUCUCUGCCUUCUCCCCAUCAUCCCCCGCGUCGUAAUAGUGACGUCUGGGGUCCCUGACUCGGAUGUCGAAUAGUUUGUUUGUUCGAAACACCUGUCAUAUUGUCACGUAAUAUUAAAAACGACGCGACGCGCGACCAAGCCGACGAGGCCCACCUCGGAUAUAAGGUUCUCCUACACAUUAUAGCUUUUUCAAAAUUAAGAUAAAAUCUCACUGAGCCAAACUCUUUGCUGAAAUCAAUUGAAAGGGAAUGUAGCUCUCAGCGUCAUAUCAACAAUACAAUUUUGAAAACAUCUUUUUCAUAGCAGGUACCUUGGACCAUUUCCAGGGGCAAAAAUUGAAAACAAGGGUUUACCAAACACAUAAAGACGCGGCAACGAAUACAAAAUGCAUGUUGAAAAAAGAAUACAAGAGUGGUGCCUAAAACAUUGCUUUUACGGUUAUACAAUAUAUCAGUGACACCCCGGUUAUAUAGGGGCGCAAAUAAUUCUCGGCAUGGAUAUAAGCUGCAAGAACGCGCAUCGAUACUGAAUACUAAAACACGACAUACCUAAUAAUUAUUUAUUCGGAUACGUUUUCAUUAAUUUUUAAAGGCCUCAGAGUUAUAGCGUCUCCCAGCAGGUAAUAGAAACUUAGUUAGUCGUCAAUAUGGAGCCACAAGUAGAUGAAGAAACGCCUUCAAAAGGUUGUAUAAUUUUGUGUUUUGAGCGUAUGUUUCAAAAGUUGAUCGAGAUCACGCCAAAAUACAUGUACUUCAUACUAGCGGCUGAUGGAUAAAUCAUAAAAUAAUUGGUUCGUUCACUGAUUCAAAUUAAGAGAUAAUUACAUGGAACCGAACGUUCCGUAACAUCGAAGCACAAGCACCUAAAACUUGCAGCUUAUUGGUCGAGCUAAAAUGGCUCUGAGACUGCACAACACAAGAUUACUUGACGACGGAAUCUGCUGUUUCAGUUUCAUCUUCGAAGAAUUUUCCAGUGUUGGAGAAAAUGUAUAUUCAAAGCCGUUCUUUUUCGCUGGGUGUAGAUGGCGUUUGCAGGGCGGAGUGAAGGGAGGGCAGCUUGGAGUUUUUCUGCGCUGGCUUGGCGGUGGAGAGUACACUGAUAAAACAAAAUGUAAGAUCAAUUUUUCUGUGGAAAUUAUCAACAACAGAGAUCCUUCAAGGUCUGUGAGAGCUGGAAAUAUGACUGACAUUGAUGAGUUUCCAAAAGUAUCCUUCGGUAUUGGUUGGAGCAAGUUAGUUCCUGCGGACGAAAUCGAGAAACCUUACUCGGGCUUCUUAGAUGAGAACAGUUUGUUUAUCGAGAUCAAGUGCGCCAUAGUGCAGUUUGUAUUUGAAGAUAAGGUGGUGAUCAACCUUUCAUCCCGUACAAGUUAUGUGACCAGUUCAAAGUUUUCUCUGUACGGUGACGAAUGGUACCUGGUUCUUUAUCCCAAAGGUGAACCCAAGAAAGACUCGGCUGGUGGCGGUCAACAGCACGAACACGCCGCAGUGUAUCUGCACAGGCAAGAACCGGGCGUGCUAAGAUUCAAAGCUACCUACUCAAUUUUUGUGCGUGGAGGCCGUGAAAUCCAAGUUAGCCAUCACUUCGGCAACAGCAACGCUAGUAUAGCAUUCGGCAUUGAGAAGUUCACCCGCAGUAAAGAUCUCAAAGCCAUAUCAAAAGGAGGUAUGGUAUCCAUUGGAGUCAAAAUCACAAGCAUCGAGCCAUACUAUUACUUUGGAUUUGAUACAGAAUGCUGGUCGCCUCCUAAUAACCUUGGAGAAGGAUGCUCACUAAACAACGUGUUUCCUUUAGCUCUCAAGCCUACCUCAGAUGACAAGAAAAUGUUGGAUUUCAAGCUGAUGUUUGACCCAGGACCCAAUUUAGAACACUCCGAACUGGAGGACAGUGCUUAUUACGCCAAAAUCCUUUGGAGCGUCAACGUGGUGUGUGUUAAAGAUCACAACAGAAGUGUGACCGUCAACUCGUGGGAUGUCCCGGGGAGAAGUGCCUUCUGCCACAGCCAAGAUGAAAUGUCCAUGAACACAACCUUAGAAUUGAAUGAGGUACUCAACCCUUACAGUCCAUACUUAGAUGACGAGAAACAUCUUGGUGUUAGGCUCCUAAUAGCAAAUGCCAAUGAAGUCUAUGAUCCUCUCUUGAUCAACUCUGACAAACACAGCGUCGCAAAGCUGCGAGAAAUGAAUGCUCAGACCAAGGCUGUUGUCGAAAAUUUCUGGAAGGAUCAACUUGACGAUGUGAAUGCUGAAAAAGACAAAAUAAUAGCUGACAAAGAAGACGAACUUGCCGCGAGAGAGGAACAACUAAACAAGAAGGAAGCAGCUAUCCAGGCGCUGAAAGACGAGAUCACGGAGAGUAAUGAAUACCUUGCAGAAAUUGAAAGCACUGUUGACGAGAUUGAUGGGAAGAAGGUGAGCAGCAUAAAGGAUCUUAUUCAAGAAGCUCAACCUGAAGAAAAGGAACUCAAUAAACAACAGGAAGUUGCAGAAAAGUUAAAGGCUUUCUUGAUGGAGCACCUUCCAUUUAGCGUCAGCCGUAUUUCAGUUGUGGGUGCCGUUGGUCAGGGAACAACCAUCAAAGGAAACCUGGAACUAGACUUGGCUGUGUUUGUCAAAGAUCUCCCAAGGACUGAACAUAAGAGCUGGUUACCAGCCAUAGUGUUUACUAUCAAGACCUUACUGAAACAGGAAAGUUCUAAACAAGCAGAGCACAACUUAAGUGAUGACAAUCAGCUUGCUGCAAGCAAACUGCCACCAUGUUCAGAUUUCACCACAACUUCUACAGCUGUGUUGUUCAAAUGUGAUGACGUCAAUGUGGUGGUCAUGCCUGUUAAUGACUGGGAGCCAAUGGGAGGUUACACAGCUUUGUACAAACAAUGCUUGAGCCAGCCGGCAGAUGCCCAGCUAUUCUAUAAUAUUUCAGUCUGCGAGAGACAAACAGAGUUUAUUUCCUUGCAGACAACAAAGUGCAAGGAGAUGAUUCGCAUUGUGAAGGUGUGGAGUAACAGCGUAGCAUGGCGGAAUUCCUCAUCCACACCUAGUCAGUACCUACUGUCUCUACUCGUCACAGCAGCCUGUCAAGUCGUUCUUGGCAUUGAGGAAGAUGAUCAGUCUCAUGCAGUGAGGGCAGACAAAGAUGUAUUCUUGGAACUUGCAGACAUGGUUGGUGACGAGUCACUCGAAGUGUUAUGGAAUGAGUAUUACCUGGCAGAAGAAUAUCCCAGGGAGAGUUUUCCAGUCCAAUUUGAGCUGCCAAUUAUUCAAGACCCUGCCAUUCCAGCACACAAUGUGGCCUCUACUGACUUGGAGGACUGGGCACAAUUCAGGAGAGAGCUUUCAAAAUGGGUCGCAAAAUUAACACUUUAGGUCUGUUGUGCAAACUGUUGUAACAUCAUAAGAUAUGCAAAGGCUGGACUGAAAAAGAUAUUUAAAGAAUUCAACAACCAUUAUUUUGUUCAUUUGUAAUCAUUGUAACUAUUAUAAUUAUAAUUUAAAGUGGUGAACUUGUCAUGUGAGGCAACUGAGUGUUACAGUACAGUUCUAAUGAUAAUCAUUGAAGCAGAUUGCUAGAUAAUCAAUCUCCCGGAACCAGCAACUUUUUGUGUGGAGUUAUUGAACACAAUUUUGUUUAUAGAGCUGGGAUUGUUUUCCAUAUAUUUUGAUCCUGGAUCAUUUUCCUGUAUAUUUACCUGACAAAGACUAGAUGGUACCUAUAAAUUUUUCAAUGUUUUAAUCCACUGUUUAUUUAGGGGCAGCACUUACAAAAACUCAAUAAUUGAAUAAAACAAGUCUUACUUUAAUUUUGUCGACCAAAUAAUAGCAGCAACCAUACGUCAGUUUUGAACGUCAAUGUCACUCCACUCCUCUUCCAUAUCAAAGUCAAGUAGAUACAAAGAAGCAUGUGCAAGACGUUCUGCAUAAGCACUGCUGUUGAACUCUGAUGUUUCAAAAGAACAUUGCAAAUGCUGUCUUGUGUGGCAGCUUUUUUUUAGGGUAGGGCAUUGAAUUUUCAAGUAAAUGCAGUUAUAUUUUCACAUGCAGGACUGACAGGGUUUGACAAUCAUACAGGUUUGACUGUACCAGUAUCUACUAGCAGUGCUCAAAAGAUGUUUUGAAAUUUCACGGUCAAUGCUAUUUCAGUACAACAAAUAAUUCAAUUUUAUUUAUUAAUGUUUUCCUUUCUUUUGAUAUGCUUGGAAUGUAUGGCAAAGUAGUUAGAAUGUUUCGAACCUGCUAAUAAUGAUAUUUUAUUAUCGAUAUGUUCUACAGUGUUUUUGUUAUCACCUUUGUUAACUUGAAAGUUAUAUACCCCCAGUAUUACCAGCAAACAAAUGUAUUCGUUCAUAAACAAAAUAAAUAAAUAAAUAAAUAACAUGAACAAAGAAAAUAUGAAAAAUUAACUCGUAACUAUUAAUUAUUGAAUAAGUAUUCUGCAGUUCAGCAAAUCUAUCUUCUGUUACUUCUUACAAGGAUAUAUUAAUAUACUCACCUCCAAUAACUGGUUAACAUGCUAUUUGAAAGUCUGUUUUGGUUCACUGUCCAGUAAAAGGUGCUUCCUGCUCUGUAAUGUGAAUCAAUCCAUGCUCAAAGUUGCCAACCUAAAUAUUUAUUCCAAUCAGCCAAAAUAAGUAUACAAAUAUAUCAUACUUUAUACACCUUCA